AUGCCAUCAGCACCCGUCCACCUCGUCGUCAUCCACCACGGCCUCUGGGGCUCCCCCUCCAACACCUCCUUCCUGGCCACCACGCUCGCCAAGUUCCACGGCGGCCUCGUCUCCCCCUCUUCGCCACUCACCCCACCUGAAUCCGCAUCCACCAUCUCCGCCCUCGCCUCGGACCACCCCAACGCGACUCGAACCGACAUCCGUAUGGUCGUACUCAACUCCGAAGUCAACUCCGGCGAUCACACCUACGAUGGGAUCGACUGGUGCGGGGAACGACUGGUCAAGGACAUCUAUGCGGAGGUGGAGAGGAUCGAGAAGGAGGAUGAGGAUGGAAAGGUGGGGAGGAUCAGUUUGAUAGGGUACAGUUUGGGCGGGUUGGUGAUCAGGUAUGCUGCGGGAGUGAUGUAUGCAGAUGGGUUCUUUGGGAGAGGAGAGGGGGAGAAGAGGCAGAAGAGGAAUGGUGAUGAGGUUAGGAAGGCCUUGCCGUUCAAAUCGAGACCGGUACCGGCUAGCAUGAGUACCAUCGCAACACCACAUCUCGGAGUGACUGUGACCGGUUCCAUGUUCAGCAAAGUCGCAGCCUCCGUGGGAAGCUCGAACCUCGGAAGAAGCGGGAAGCAGCUCUACCUGGCCGACAGGGGAUGGGUUCCUCCUACUGCGUCCUCGACCAAUUCGACCGAAGAAACGCUUCACCCUGACGAGACCACUACGGACAGUGGUCUCUGUUUGGUAGAAGCGCUUUCCGACCCGCGCUUCAACUUCAUCACCGCCAUGCGACUCUUCUCGCGCAUCGACAUCUACGCAAACGCCUUAUCCGAUCUCACCGUAAGCUACCGUACAGCUUGCUUUGAGCCCCACGAUCCCUUCCUUCUCCCCGAUCGAAUCCAACUCGUUCGCGAUACAACCCAUCCACCUCUGCUCGCAUCCUUCACCACAUCAGCUACACCCAAAAAGGAUGAGCGAUCAUUCUGGAGCAAAAUAGCAGCAAGACUUUCGACAAAGAAUCUUCCAUGGAUGCUCAAUCCACAACGUUUUCCGUUCAAGUUUCCGCUGAACUACCUGGCGUUGGUGGCUCUGCCGGUGCUCUUGCCGGUGAUGUUGGGGUUGGUGGUGCACAAGCUGCAUUCGGAUAGCAAGGUUUCGAAUAGGAGGGUGGAGGAGUUUGAGCGGAUGUGGGCGAUGGAGAAUGGGCUAUUGACGAGGGAAGCUGAUGGCCGAGAGGAGGAGGACGACUCUUUGAAGAAGGUGAAUGGCAAGAAGAGUUCUACAAAGAAGAUGUCUAAGUCUCUCAAGCUGGACAAAGCUGUGCGUGGGGAGUUGGAACGCAAACGAGUGUCCGCCUUCCUCUCCGCCGUCGAAGCAGAAGCGGAAGAAACACUCCGAGAAGUCGGCGAAGACUACAUCCAAAACAACCCCACCUCCUCCUCUUCUUCAACAUCGACCCCGAUCGACAACGCACGCUACACACCCAAACCCAACACCCCUACCCACUUCCCCACCCUCGACACCUUCACCCCGUCCAAAGACGAACAUCCACUCCUACCAACCCAGCUUCGCAUCAUCUCCAACCUCAACAACCCAUCUCUUCUACCCCACGUCAAGAAACACCUCGUCCACUUUGAAGAUGUUUUGAACAGUCAUGCUGUCAUCAUCGUCAGAACCCCAACUAUGGAUGCUCACAAGAAGGGGAUCGAGUUGAUCCAGGCUUUCGUAGCUCGAUUUGGACUGUAG